AUGACGGCGGAGUGGUGCAAGGUUGACGAUUCGUCCUUUGUAGAGGAUUACGUCGUCGAUGGUGUGCCGGUGUUUGCAGAAUGGGAAAUAUUCUUGAAUUUUAGGGUGCAAAAAAAUUGUCAAAGAUUGCUCCUUUGGCUGAGUUUGUCGGACAGAGAGUUGGGCUUUGGGUUUGUCUUUGCUGCGACGUACGUGGGGAAAGUGGUUUUGUCUGUUGAAUGUCUCACACGCGUGUCCGUACGCUGGGCAUUUGGCCUUUUUGAUUUUUGGUGGUGCGUUCUGACCAUGUCCUUGGGUGCCGCAGAUGAUGGCAAGUUCAGAGCCAGUCCCGAUUUAAAACAUCGCACAGUACAUGAUCGGUGUAAUUCACAUUAUAGGCGCAGCUUGGGCAAGCAAACGCUUGGGAAUGUCAAGAUAUCAUCUGCACAUGCCCUCCAUUCACGCAUCGUUGGCAGAUUGACGAGAGUUCCUCGUGGCAAGAAAUCGUCAUUUAAUGUUAUCACAAGAGAUGAUUAUGGUAAUCAGUGCAGUGGUUGGGGGGGAAGACUGCAAGUAAGCAUUCAGUCUGCAUCGGGUGAUUAUACUACGCCUGAGGUCAAAGAUAACGGGGAUGGUACAUACACAAUUUUUUGUUGUCCACAUCAAAUUGGAGAUCAUCAUGUGUUCGUGCGCAUUCAAAAUGACCACAUCGAAGGAAGCCCAUUUACGUUUCAUGUCAUCAAGUCUGUUGGUACCUUGUUCAAAAUUGGCAAAAAGGGCAGCAACAUUGGAGAGUUCAAUGGUCUGUUUGGUGUUGCUGUCGAUCCGGUUGAAGGAAGAAUUGUAGCGACUGACUGUCAUAAUCAUCGUGUUCAUGUAUUUAGCUCGUACGGAAUGUUUCUCUUUUUCUUUGGUAGAAAAGGUGAAGGAAGUGGGGAAUUUCGAUGUCCCACUGGUGUUGCCAUUGAUGUUGAUGGGAAAAUCAUUGUUUGCGAAAGACUCAAUUACAGAUUACAGAUGUUUGAACGUAAUGGAUCAUUUUUACGCGAGUACCGUAUACCUGAUCUGAAAGCAUCUACAUUAGCGGUUGGCAAAAAAAAUCAAUUAGUAGUAGCUGAUUCAGCAAAUCGAUGUGUUUAUGUCGUCAAUAUGGAUACUGGCCAUUCUUUAAAGUUUGGCUCUUUUGGAGAUAAAACUGGGAACCUUUCGUAUCCCUGCUACGUUGCUGUGAAUAACAAAUCUCAUAUAAUUGUUUCUGAUAUGCACAGUCAUGAAGUAAAGGUAAUAUUUUGUUACAAAGUCUAA